CAACAUAACAAAACACUAAGGAACUGUUAUUCAGUUGCUUAAUUUUUUAUAGCGUCAUCGACGGAAGGCCCACAACAAUGUCUGCCCAAGCUCAAAUGCGAGCUUUGCUCGACCAGCUGAUGGGAACAGCGAGGGAUGGUUCAGUGUAUCUUUGCCAGCCUACAUCAAUCUGCAAAGGAGUUGCAGAAAAGCCUCAUGUUCAUCGAGCCGUGAGUCACACAUAAUUUUUAAAGCUGUUAUGAUUAAUAUCCAAACAAUAUGUUUGCCUUCCGGAAGUUAUUGUAGUUUUUUUUUUUUUUUUUUUUUUUUUUUAAUAAAUAACACAAAUGGGUAAUUCUUCAAUGGCACUAGAAUUACAAUUUGGAGUAGUGUUAUGCAGCUUGAGCUAAGACGUCUGGUCGCGCUGAAUCCAAACGAGCAGUUUUCCAUUAGACGUCUGUUUUACUGAAGGCAAUUUUCAGUCGAGACAAAAAACUUUGCACACAUCAUUUACAAUCUGACUUGUGUAUGACUCCCAACUUCUUACUACAGGUAUGGGCAAGAAAACUGUUCCAAUUUAUACUUUUCUACAGCGGGUUUAAAAUUCUGCAGCUGAGGUCUUGAAGAUGCAGAAGGGUACAGUAUGUGGUGCAGAUCGCAGUGUGUAUAAACCAAAUUUUUUUCCUUGGACUUCAUUUGUGUUUUUGUUUUUGAAUUUCUUUUCAGUGUUCAUAUCUGUAAAAGGCUUGGCUGGAACAGUUGUCUGGAAUUAUUACAUUUCUUAUCGCAGUCUUAAUGGCAGUCUUUUCUGCAUAGUCACAUUUUUAACUAAUGUGUUGACAUGUAAUGUAAGGUAGCUUUGUUAAACAAUUUUAAAGCCAUUUACUAGUAAUGUGCCCUGACUAAUAAUGCUCCACACUUACAGAGUGGACAUUGAGCCUUAUCACAAGCUAAACUGGGUUGAGGCUCUGAUAAAUUUCACAGUUUCACUGAGGUUUGGGUAAGGUAAGCACCAAGAAUAGCAGAAAGUGCAACAUAGAGUAUACGCAAAGCCACAUGUAACUUUUAUGUUAUGUUGACACACCGACAGAGGCACAGUUACUCUGUUACUGAUAAAUAAUAGAGACACUGAGAAAUAUAGGAAUUGAUUUGGGCACAGAAUCUUUGAAUGCAGUUAAUGUCACAUGUGUCUGAUCCAUUAAUGUAGUGCAAUCACAGUAAAAUAUGUUUAAGCACUGGAUACCUCGCCCGUGGUACCAAGUAUGUGAGGUCUUUCUCAUUGGUUGUUUUUUUUUGGACUGUUUCAGGGGAUGAGACAAGGCAGAGGGUCAAGUUCAGUGACGAGCGAGUCUGCAAAAGUCAUCUUCUCAACUGCUGUCCACAUGACAUCCUGUCUGGAACUCGUAUGGACUUGGGAGAGUGCACAAAGAUCCAUGACCUGGCACUUCGGGCAGAUUAUGAAAUUGCCUCCAAGGAGCGAGAUCUUUUCUUUGAGCUUGACGCGGUGGAUCACCUCGAGUCAUUCAUUGCUGACUGUGACCGGAGGACAGAACUAGCCAAGAAGCGCCUGGCUGAGACUCAAGAAGAGAUCAGUGCUGAGGUGGCAGCAAAGGCAGAGAAAGUCCACGAGCUUAAUGAAGAAAUCGGGAAGCUCCUGGCCAAGGCUGAGCAGCUCGGAGCUGAGGGAAAUGUGGAUGAAGCCCAGAAGGUCCUGCAGGAAGUGGAGAAGGUCCGCACUAGGAAGAAGGAUGCAGAGGAAGAAUACAGAAACUCCAUGCCUGCCUCCAGUUUCCAGCAGCAGAAGUUGCGGGUGUGUGAGGUGUGCUCCGCUUACCUUGGUCUCCAUGACAACGAUCGUCGUCUGGCAGACCAUUUCGGUGGGAAGCUUCACCUGGGCUUCAUCCAGAUCAGAGAGAAACUGGACCAACUAAAAAAAACGGUGGUCGACAAGCAGGAGAAAAGGAACCAGGAGCGCUUAAAGAGACGAGAAGAGAGGGAGAAAGAGGAGAGGUUGAAGAAGAGGACCAGAUCACGGAGCAGAGAGCAUAAAAGGUCCCGUUCUCGUGACCGCAGAAGGAGGCGCUCGCGCUCCACAUCACGAGACAAGCGUCGUUCCCGCUCACGCUCCAGAGAGAGGAGGAGGCGGCAUCGCAGCCGGUCCCGCUCCCGCAGCAGAGGCCACCGUCACAGCCACGAGCAGAGCUCCAGACACAAGUCAUCCAGAGACCGAGAGCGCUCGUCCAGAGAUCGGUCACGGGAGCGAGAGCGUGACAGGAGGGACGGCGUAAACGGCAGGUCAGACUCCCGCCGAGCAGACGACAGGGACAUGGGGGACCUCUGAAGACCAAACUCCAUCCACCACAACACACAACCUCCUCCUGUGUCUCUCUCAGCUGUCCUUUCCAUGUAACAACCAGAUGUUACACACAGUCCUUGCCUUGACCCCUUUCGUUACCCCGCCUGGCUCCUUUUUGUUUGAUUUUACAGUUACACAUGAAAUAUUGUAUGAAGUCACCUUUCUAGCAUCCACAUAUAUCAGAAUGCAUUUUGACUGGGGGUGGGUUAGUUAUUGAUCAGUAGUGGAGUGUAUUGCAAUACCCAAAUCUGUAAUUUGGUAGUCUGUCUGUAUCCAAUACAUCUCAUGUGUUGUAAUAAACUACCCUACAAUGAUUCCAAUAGAAAAAGCAAGCAUUAAACAGGAGGUCUGCUGGACUUGAGUAUAAAAUGUAACUGAUCCAUAUUCAACUUAUUAUUAUUAUUAUUAGCUGAAGUUUUUUUGAUACAGAAUAUGUCUGUAAAUAUGUUUUUUGGGGCCUGCUGAUUGUCAUAGUCUGAAAAGCCUUUUCCUAUCUAGUUUAAUCUCCCUCUAAAGAUUUUUCACCAGCUCCUGGUAAACUGAUGUCAAAUGUCUCUUCACAUGUUUGUCUACUUAGUUUGAUAAAAAGCCCUGUUAAAGUUUUAGGCACACAAAUUCAAAAGGAAGAGGUUUUAAAACUUAGUAUUAGUUUCUCCCAAAUGUCUCUAAACAUGUUUAAUUUUGUUUUUAAUUUUAUUUUAACUGUUUUAUGUUAUGCUGCCAGUAGUGAAGGGAAACUGGUCCGAUGGCCUGUAUGACUAAAUGCUUGUUUAAAUUGGUGGCAAGUCUAUUUUAUAAUUUGUUUCUACAAUAAUUUCUGUUAUUUAACAUAUUGAAAAUAAAGGAUAACUGCAGAGCUACUGUUGGACAUGUGAAGCAGUAGAUUCAGAAUUGAAACAAUGGAAAUUAUGCUGAAACUGUACACACCUUUAUUAUUAGUCGAGUCAUAAAAUGAAAUUUUGACCCAAAUUUGACAAAUUCCUUCAUGAACAGAUGUAUAAUUACAUGUAAAGCAGAUUUUUAAAGGUUGCAUUGCUUUACCUAAUGUGUGAAGUCAUAUCUGUUUAUGUUUUGCUGGAAAUCUUUCAGUUCAAUUAAAAGAAAAUCACAUUUGAAA